GGCCACGCCCACUUAUCUCAAAACACACGACUCAAAAUGGCGACGUUGACAAAGCUGGAGCAGAAGCACUCAAAUACCUUUUUAGCAGCUCUUUUGGUCGUUUUACAACUUACAUUUAUGACAUGCUCCUCAUUACCCAGGCCCCUUCCUGUGUCAAAUAAAGUAGAAAACAUUCAAAAUGUUACUUCCUCCAGCUUCCCUUCAUCCAUAUCAAGCAAUUACAAGAACACAUCAGAAAUCCAAAACUUAAAAUUGACCAAAGUUGCUACUACUCAGCUCCCUUCCAUCCCUACAACAGCAGACACGACACCAACAGCUCCCAAACCAAUAAAUGCAUCAGAGGUGACCUCAGAAGACCUUAAGCUUACUGUGUUGAACUCAAGUGUGGCAAAUUUAACUUACCUUUCUGAAUCCAAACCUGAAGAUUUGAAUGUUACAACCUUUCUUGAUGAGAUCAACACCAUUGGUGAUGUGAACUCUAACGAUGAUGGCCCUGAUGAAGAUGGUAAUUACAUGGGUCUUAAGAAGAAUAGCCAACAGGACAAAAAUAAAAUCCGUGCUAAAGACAAAACUGGAAAUAUCGAUGUCCACAUGAAGGACACCACCAUCUAUGCCACUCAAGAUGAAGACUCGCACUUCUUUUUUCACCUGGUGAUCAUUGCUUUGCUGGUGGCCAUAGUGUAUAUCACCUACCACAAUAAAAGAAAGAUAAUGCUCUUGGCUCAGAGUCGGCGCUGGAGGGAAGGCCUUUGUACCCGCAGCAUAGAAUACCAUCGGCUUGAUCAGAACGUGGAUGAGGCAAUGCCUUCAUUGAAGAUGACCAACAAUUAUGUCUUUUAAACCAAUCAUAUAUCAUAACAUUUAAGAUUAUUAUAAUAUCCUUUAAAUAUGAAGAGCUGGGUUUAUUACUUGUGAAUGGAAACUGCUUAAUUUUUUUUUCAAUAAAAGGAUACUUUUGUGUAUUUAGAAGUAAUUAAAAAAUGUUUUAUUCAGUUUGGGCUAGUCCUCUUUGGGCACUCUCCUUUAUGCAUCUCAUAUUUCUUUAUUGUUUUUUAAAUAUUCAGGAAUAUAACCUGCAAAUGUUUUUCCAUGGCUUUUAAGAGGGACCAUGUCGCUGUUUAAUUAAUGUACUGAUUAUAAAA